UAAGAAAAAUAAAACCCAUAAAAAUGUCUUCCACUUUAAAAAUUAAUACUACCAUGAAUAGCCAAAAUCUAAGCAUUCCCAUACAAAAAUUAUCAACCUUAAAUAUGUACCACGAAAUGGCACAACCAUCGACGCCACCUUACACACCAUUUGCAAACUCCGCCGUAUCGCAGUGCAAUGGACAACAAGUUGAAAAUUACACAGCUACGACAGCACUUUCACCACCAAUGCCAGCUCCAGUAAAUUGCAAUUUAAUGUCUCCACCAUUGAGUGCAACACCAAUAAGCGAACAUUUUCGCGCUUCCCUCUGCAAUUUGAAAUCAUUCAACAGUGGCAGUAAUUAUAACGAUUUUGCCACAGCCGAUGCUCAUUUUCCAGAUUUUUCACAAUUAACAUUUGCAGCUGUUGAAACACCAAGUUCAAUUUAUGGCGGCAUUGGUAUGAACUGUGGCAGUGCAGCCAACCCAGCCAUGGAUGAUGAGGAUUUUCUGCAUAAACGCCAUCAUUCCAUGUGCUAUUCCGGUGGCGAGGAGGAAGAAUUUGGCCAUUUAUCGGAUGGUGAUGUAAAAUGUGAAACGAUGCAAAUACAAGAACAGUCACAACAAGGUGUCUUUCGUUUUGAGCCUGAAGAUAUUGCUCGCUUAAGCGAAACCUGUCAAUAUGAGGAUAUCAAUGGUGUGCCUGUAAUGCCCCAGACACCGUUUACCCCACAAACACCCUAUACACCAUAUCCUUCCACCUACAUGUCAUUUACACCGUCGACAACACAUCAGCCACAACAACAGCAACAACAUAAUGACUAUGACAUGGCCUAUAACAGCCAGCAAAUGGUAAUGCCAACAGCCAUGCAAGAAUGUCAGACAUUAAAUGGCAACAGCAAUGACUGCUUAAAUUUAGAUAUCGAAUAUUAUAAUUAUGAUGAAAUAAAUUGCCAAUCCAAAGAACAAUCACCCUGUUCUUCACCUCCUUUGGAUCCUUGGAUGUCCCUGACAGUAUGCGAUUCCAUGCAACAGCCACCCAGACAAGAGUCACCCAAAAUAAUCAACACCAGCUAUGCUGGCUUCACACCUCCACAACAGAUCAACUAUGAGCCCAGCAUAAAGCAAGAAAAUGUCAUGACAACCAAAUUACCCUCAAUGAUGUCUACCUUUGGCACUCCGAAAUACGAACCCCUAAGUGCCUAUUCCUAUACAAAUUACGGCGAUUAUGGCCAGCAAAGAACUCAUAUUUAUAGUCCUCCUGCCCAGUCAACGACCAACACUUCUGCUCAGUAUUCACAAAAUUUAAAUUCAUUCACCGUCUUGGCUGAUGAUUUCGAAAACUGCAACAUGUUGAAUAUGGACAAACCAAAUAGAGAACACAAAAUAAUAUGGACCAUUAAUGAAUUGGAUGAAAUAAAUGAGGAAAUAAUGAGUGAGUUUUGCAAACAACCCGCACAAAAUAAUUGCGGUUAUGACAGUCAUCACUACUACUGCAGCAAUGAUAAUUCCACCAACACCGAUGAGGAUGAAGAGAAUAAUUUGGAGCUUAUCGAAGAAAUUGAAACAUUUCCCGAGGAAUUGGAAACUGAAAGUGUUGAGGAGGACAAUGAUGAAGUGUUUAUAGUGGAAAAAUGCAAAACUAAUAAGCAGCGCAGAAAACGUUGCACUUCACAAACCUCAAAUGCCUCAUCCACUACUACAGCUAUAUCUGUUGUGGAGCAACCCAUACAGGAGCCCAUGAUUUGUCGCUGGACCGACUGCAAUGAAAUUUUCCCCAAUCAAGUGGAAUUUGUGGCCCAUAUCGAAAAGAGACACGUUGAUGUUAAGAGAGGCGAAGAUUUUUCUUGUUUCUGGCAUGAAUGCCCCAGACGUUACAAGCCCUUCAAUGCUCGCUACAAAUUGUUAAUACAUAUGCGGGUGCACAGUGGCGAAAAGCCAAAUAAAUGUCCGUUUCCUGGAUGUAAUAAGGCAUUUUCGCGUUUGGAAAACUUAAAAAUCCAUCAACGUUCACAUACCGGCGAACGUCCCUAUGGUUGUCAAUACAAAGGCUGUCUAAAAGCAUUCAGCAAUAGCUCAGAUCGUGCAAAACAUCAAAGGACCCACUAUGAUACGAAACCUUAUGCCUGCCAGUUGCCCGGCUGCACCAAACGCUACACUGAUCCCUCUAGCUUGCGCAAACAUGUGAAAAAUCAUGCCUUACGCAAUGCCAAUGGUCAUUUGGGACGCAGAAAAUCGGCAAGUACUGCCACAACAACAACUAACAAAAAAUCAAAUGCCAAAACACGCAGACAUUCGGAAUCAUCAGUGUUGCAAGCCAGUAAAACUAAAAAUAACACUAAUAAUAAUAACAAUAACAUGCAGCCACAAGAAAUUGUCGUACAAGUGCAACAUGGUAACCACAGCAAGCAACGCAGUAACAGCUUCAGCGAAAUGUCAUCAUCAUCAGCAUCGUUAGCCAGCAUUGCAAUGGUAAAUACAAAUUAUGAAAAUAAACAAAAAUUAACAAAUGUGAAUUACAAUAAUACACCAAACAAUAAACAAUUGCAACAACAGCAUCAUAAUAAUCACAAGCAUAUGGUGGUGGCAACAACAAAAACUGAAUCAUCAUUAUUAUUCACAGCUAAUCACAAUUCAAUGAACUUUAAUGAGUUGUCAAAUUGUAUUGUUACCAUUGAACAAUACAACAACAGCAACGAUACAACCACUGUAACCACUGCUCUAGCCGCAUAUAAUUUGGGUAACAAUACAGCAACUGCAACAACAAUAGCAAACAAAACUGGCAACAGCAAUAUCAAUGAAAAUAUUAAUCAAUUAAAUGAAUUUCAACAAUUGCUACAAGUAAAAUCAUCAUCAACCAAAUGCCAGCAACAAACGAAUGCGAGUAAUACUAGCAGUGGCUCAACAGCAUUAACAUGUGAUGUUUUAAAUUACAGCAGCAGCAACACCAACAUCACUAACAACAAUAACAAUGCAAAAUAUGUAAUGGCCAAUACAACAGCAACAACUACAACAAACGGCAUUACCACAAAUUCGAUUAGCACACAAUGCCACAACAACAUCAACAAUCCAACCCACACCAGCAGCAGCAGCUGCAGCAUCAGUCCAAUUCCAGCCACGACGAAUACAACUGACAAUGACAAUGAUACAAAUGAAUUUGUUUCAUUCGAGUAUGUUAAAAAGCUGCUGUCCGAAACAUUCGAUUAUAUGGAUGAGGAUAAUAAUGACAGUUGUUGUGAUAAUAUUGUUCAAAAUACUAAUAUUACAGGAACCUCCUCGGCUGCACCAACUACAUCAUCAUCAUCAACAACAACAUGUGUUGAUGUACUUGCUGCUGCUGUGGCCAGUAGUGGUAUUGGUGUCAUUAGUGCGGAUAAACUUAAGCCCACAACAACAGUAGCAACUACAUUGUCAUCAGCAACAACAACAAUCCCAGCAUUGGUGAAAACAAAUGAAAUUGUUGCUAAUGUGUCUAAUAAAAAUUUACAUAAUGAAAAUGUUGAACAAGAAUUUGCCAAUAAUUUUGACAUGGAUUAUUUGGAAAGUUUUAUGUAGAACAAAAACACAUACAUUUAUUGAUAUUGAAAAAUUGUAUAUAAAUUUACAUUUUAAUUAACUAUUUUUUACUUAGAAUUUAACUAACGAAACAAACCUACCAAAGACAUUAACCAAAAUAAUUUGAAAUCUCAUACUUUGCCUCCUAGAUUUUAAGCAACUUUAAUCAAUCUAACUCUCUCAAAAGAUUCCACCAAAGACAUUGAUAAUUAUUUCUAAAAAACAAAUAUUUUUACUGAU